AUGGGCAAACUAGUUGAAAAUAAUAUUCCAAGAGUUGUCAUUGGUGAUAUUAAUAGUGUGGAGUCGUCUAAAGAAAUGUUGAAGUACAAAGAAAGUUUAGUGUGUUUUCUUUAUUUUGAUGACUGUGAAAGUUUAUUCGGAUUUAAUAUUACCAUUAUUGAUAAGCCCACCAGAUAUAUACUAGUGUUAGACUAUUACGAGAAAAAUAGAUGUGAUUCUGUGUGGAAAUAUCUUGGACGAACAGCAGCUAUGUCCAAUGUUAUAAUUAUAACAAAAGAUUAUAUGGACAAUACUUACAAAAUACUUACUUUCAUGCCUAAAAUAAACCCCAGAAAAUGUAUAUUGGAGGAACGCAUUAAACCAAAACAAGUAGGUGCUUGUAAUAGUGUACUAGAUAGUAGUAAAUUGUUUCCUAUAAAGAAACCUAAAAAUUUCUACAAAUGUCCUUUUAAAGUGGGUGUUAGAAACUAUAAGCCUUUUUUUAUAAUUAAUAAUACCACAGACCUAAAGUUCAUGGACAUUAUAAAACCAAAUGAUGAUCGUUUAGGAGGAAUUGAUUUAAAGAUUUUGAAAAUCCUUGCUAUAUAUUUAAAUGCUACUUUACAAAUGCAUUACUUGAAACAUUUAAUGGAACCUGAAUAUGUUACACCACUUUUAAAUGGCAGCCUGGAUGCAAACGCCGGUGGUUUCUAUAGAAUCUAUGGUAAUGUUAUUGAGUAUUCACCAAAUUAUGGAACACAGAUGCUUUUCUGGGCAUAUUCUGUUGUAAGAAGUCACUCAUGGCAUGGCAUUAUCUGUAAACUGGAUCUAUUGUUCUUAUUUUUCCUAUUUUAUUUAUAUUAUUCUAUAAUAUGGUACGUGUUAUGUUUGUUUGAAGAAAGGACUGUAUCUUUUAAAUUUACUUUGUUGAAUAGUUGGGGUUGUCUGUUCGGCUGUACAGAGUUACCGAAACCAAUGACUAUAAAACAGAAAAUAUUGAAUGCAUGUUUUUUGUUUAUGUGUGUACAUUUUAUAGCAUAUGUGAGUAUAGAGCUAUAUUCAAAUUACACGAUAGCAAAACCUCCAAAAAUAUACAGAACAAAUAAAGAAAUAAUGAAUUCAGAUAAAAAACCCUAUGUGUAUAAAUCUGUUGUAAUUUUUAUACAAGAAGAGAGUUUUAAAUUAUAUAUACAAAAAGCAGACGAUUGUAAAUCUUUUGACAAUUGUUCAGCACAAAUUCUCAGGAACGAUGGUGUAACUGUUAGUAUUGAUAAUGCGUUUGCAAGAUUUCAAGUAGAGUCAGCUGUGAAUAGUGAAGCAGGAGCACUGAGGGUCAAUGAAAAUAUAGUAUCGCUUUUUCAUACCAUAUUGAUCAGAAAAGAUAGUUAUGUAGUAAAACAUUUACAAAAUGCAAUGAAGAGAUUAAGCGAAGCUGGUAUUUUUGAUAAAUUUUAUAGAGAAUCAGUUGGUCUGAUUGUACUUGAUAAAUCGAAGAUAUUAACUAAAAGCACGAAGAGUAACAGUUACAGUUGUCAAAUGGGUUGUAGUAUUAAUUUAAGUCAAAUUGUUGGAAUCUUAUAUAUUUGGAUGAUUGGAUGCUUUGUAUCUAUAUUAAUUUUUAUUAUAGAAGUCUAUUAUAAGAAAACAGACCUAAAUGAUACCCGCAAGGAGUUCUAA